AAUGCAAUCAAUGCAGAACGUAAAUUGCAGUUUAUAAUAAUCCAUGUGCAUUUAAUUUGUAUGUGCAAUAAAUCAUAUUUGAUCAUGUAGUACUAGUGUAUAGUGAAAUUGUCAAAUUCUCGUGUAAGCACAAGUUUGUGUAACUUUAUUAUAGUCGUAAACAAUGUCUACCCCACCGCCGCCGCAACCGCGCCGUUCCGCAGGUGAGGGCAAGAAGACCACCCCGCCGACGUCAAGUAUUGUGACCAGAAAUGGUGCUCGCAAGGCUAAGAUACAAACUCGGGCUAUGUCAGCAGGGGCCAAGCCGUCUGCCUCUGUGCUUGCAGCGAAAAAGAAGGCUCUGCAGAAGAAAAAACAGACUGUGGACACUGUGAUUCGAGACCAUUAUCAAAUUGCCAUGGAAUCUAAAAACAAAGUGAAGGGGCCAACAGGCUUUGUUACGGAGCCUCGAAUGGCUGAGCACCGGUGUCUGUGGGACGAAAACUACCCUGAGUGCCCUGAGAGGUUAAUACGUGUGAUUGACAGGUGUAAAGAACUGAACCUCAUAGAACAAUGCAAAGAAUUUCCGCCCCGAGCCGCAGAUAAAGAAGAAUUAAACAUUCUGCAUUCUCCUAGUGUGUUUGAGAUGCUUGAGACCACCCACCAGAACAACAAUCUCGAAUAUUUGGAAGACCUGUCUUCUAAAUACGAUGCCAUCUACAUACAUCCUAGCACUCACUCACUAGCCCUAAUGGCCGCGGGCUCGACCAUAGACAUGGUGGACCGCAUCGUGUCGGGCGCGGUCCAGAACGGCGCGGCGCUCGUGCGGCCGCCGGGACACCACGCCAUGGCGGCCGAGCCCUGCGGCUACUGCUUCUACAACAACGUUGCGUUGGCUGCCAGGCACGCCAUAGACAAGCGCGGGCUGAACAGGAUACUGAUUGUGGACUGGGAUGUCCACCAUGGACAAGCGACGCAACAGAUGUUCUAUGAUGACCCCAGGGUGGUGUAUUUCUCCAUCCACCGCUACGAACACGGCGCGUUCUGGCCCAACCUGCGGCAGUCGGACUUUCACUACGUAGGCAGCGGGCGCGGCGCCGGUACCACCUUCAAUGUGCCGCUCAAUAAGACUGGCAUGCACGACGGGGACUACCUGGCCAUAUGGCACCAGCUACUGCUGCCUAUGGCAUUCGAGUAUCAACCAGAGCUGAUACUGGUAUCAGCGGGAUACGACGCUGCCAUUGGCUGUCCAGAGUUCUCGCCCGAACUGGUAAUCGUGUCGGCUGGCUACGACGCCGCGUUAGGUGAUGAAAAGGGCGAAAUGGAAGUGUCCCCGGCGUGCUACGCGACGCUGACGCAUCUCUUGAUGUCGAUAUGCCCGGCGGUGUGCGUAGUACUAGAAGGCGGGUACUGUGUGCCGUCCCUGGCUGAAGGCGCAGCGCUCACGCUGCGUACUCUGCUCGGACAACCGCCGCCGGCUCUGGCGCCCGAACCACCUAGCGACGACAUCCGUGAAUCGAUUCUCAACUGUAUAUACGCGCACAAACCGUACUGGCGUUGCUACAACUACCAGCCCACGUACAGCAUAGAUGAGUCGGUGCCCAACGUGUGUGACCGAGCGAAACAGAAGCAUACGGUCUCGGUGAGGUGGGAGGGAGACGAGACGAGGCCUGACAGGUUCGCCACGAGAGACUGCUACCCGUUGCAGGACAACGAGACCAAGAAAAGGAUUAUGGAGAAGCUUAACAGGUUAAGGCUAGUGACAGAUUUGACGUUGCCACAACACGCUGUAGGGUAUAUUUACGACCAAGCCAUGCUGAAACACAAAAAUAUUUGUGAACCCGGCCACGUGGAAUGUCCGGAGCGUAUAAUGAGGAUACACGAGCGGCACCGGGACUUCGGGCUGUUGGAGCGGUUACACCACAUACAGGCGCGGGCCGCGACAGACGAAGAGAUACUGGCUGUCCACACGAGGAACCAUCUCAAUAGGCUCAAGGAAUUAUCAUCGACAAAACUAAGAGAUCUGAACAGCCAAAAGGAGGCAUUUGACUCGGUGUAUUUCCACCCGGAGUCUCUGGAGAGCGCUUCGGUAGCCAUGGGGUGCGUUUUACAGAUGGUAGACGCGGUGUUAGGAGGCACGUGUGGGGCAGGUACGUGCGUGGUGCGCCCGCCGGGACACCACGCCGACGCCGACCUGCCCAGCGGGUUCUGUCUGCUAAACGCCGCCGCCGCCGCCGCCGCCUACGCCGUACAAGCUCACGGUCUGACACGCGUCAUGAUCCUCGACUGGGACGUGCACCACGGGAACGGGACGCAGAGGAUCACGUACCGGGACGACAAGGUUAGUGGUGGCUUCACAACUGCCAAUGAGCCUCCUAGCGGGUUCUGUCUGCUCAACGCCGCCGCCGCCGCCGCCGCCUACGCCGUACAAGCUCACGGUCUGACACGCGUCAUGAUCCUCGACUGGGACGUGCACCACGGGAACGGGACGCAGAGGAUCACGUACCGGGACGACAAGGUUAGUGGUGGCUUCACAACUGCCAAUGAGCCUCCUAGCGGGUUCUGUCUGCUCAACGCCGCCGCCGCCGCCGCCGCCUACGCCGUACAAGCUCACGGUCUGACACGCGUCAUGAUCCUCGACUGGGACGUGCACCACGGGAACGGGACGCAGAGGAUCACGUACCGGGACGACAAGGUUAGUGGUGGCUUCACAACUGCCAAUGAGCCUCCUAGCGGGUUCUGUCUGCUCAACGCCGCCGCCGCCGCCGCCGCCUACGCCGUACAAGCUCACGGUCUGACACGCGUCAUGAUCCUCGACUGGGACGUGCACCACGGGAACGGGACGCAGAGGAUCACGUACCGGGACGACAAGGUUAGUGGUGGCUUCACAACUGCCAAUGAGCCUCCUAGCGGGUUCUGUCUGCUCAACGCCGCCGCCGCCGCCGCCGCCUACGCCGUACAAGCUCACGGUCUGACACGCGUCAUGAUCCUCGACUGGGACGUGCACCACGGGAACGGGACGCAGAGGAUCACGUACCGGGACGACAAGGUUAGUGGUGGCUUCACAACUGCCAAUGAGCCUCCUAGCGGGUUCUGUCUGCUCAACGCCGCCGCCGCCGCCGCCGCCUACGCCGUACAAGCUCACGGUCUGACACGCGUCAUGAUCCUCGACUGGGACGUGCACCACGGGAACGGGACGCAGAGGAUCACGUACCGGGACGACAAGGUUAGUGGUGGCUUCACAACUGCCAAUGAGCCUCCUAGCGGGUUCUGUCUGCUCAACGCCGCCGCCGCCGCCGCCGCCUACGCCGUACAAGCUCACGGUCUGACACGCGUCAUGAUCCUCGACUGGGACGUGCACCACGGGAACGGGACGCAGAGGAUCACGUACCGGGACGACAAGGUUAGUGGUGGCUUCACAACUGCCAAUGAGCCUCCUAGCGGGUUCUGUCUGCUCAACGCCGCCGCCGCCGCCGCCGCCUACGCCGUACAAGCUCACGGUCUGACACGCGUCAUGAUCCUCGACUGGGACGUGCACCACGGGAACGGGACGCAGAGGAUCACGUACCGGGACGACAAGGUUAGUGGUGGCUUCACAACUGCCAAUGAGCCUCCUAGCGGGUUCUGUCUGCUCAACGCCGCCGCCGCCGCCGCCGCCUACGCCGUACAAGCUCACGGUCUGACACGCGUCAUGAUCCUCGACUGGGACGUGCACCACGGGAACGGGACGCAGAGGAUCACGUACCGGGACGACAAGGUUAGUGGUGGCUUCACAACUGCCAAUGAGCCUCCUAGCGGGUUCUGUCUGCUCAACGCCGCCGCCGCCGCCGCCGCCUACGCCGUACAAGCUCACGGUCUGACACGCGUCAUGAUCCUCGACUGGGACGUGCACCACGGGAACGGGACGCAGAGGAUCACGUACCGGGACGACAAGGUUAGUGGUGGCUUCACAACUGCCAAUGAGCCUCCUAGCGGGUUCUGUCUGCUCAACGCCGCCGCCGCCGCCGCCGCCUACGCCGUACAAGCUCACGGUCUGACACGCGUCAUGAUCCUCGACUGGGACGUGCACCACGGGAACGGGACGCAGAGGAUCACGUACCGGGACGACAAGGUUAGUGGUGGCUUCACAACUGCCAAUGAGCCUCCUAGCGGGUUCUGUCUGCUCAACGCCGCCGCCGCCGCCGCCGCCUACGCCGUACAAGCUCACGGUCUGACACGCGUCAUGAUCCUCGACUGGGACGUGCACCACGGGAACGGGACGCAGAGGAUCACGUACCGGGACGACAAGAUCCUGUACGUGUCCAUCCACCGCUACGACAACGGCUCGUUCUUCCCGCACUCGACCGACGCUGACUACACCGCGGUGGGUGAAGGUCGCGGGGAGGGGUUCAAUAUCAACAUACCCUGGAAUAAGCGCGGCAUGGGCGACGCGGAGUACCUGGCGGCGCUGUCGGCGGUGGUGCUGCCGGUGGCGGCGGAGUUCCGGCCGCAGCUGCUGCUGGUCUCCGCCGGCUUCGACGCCUGCGUCGGCGACCCGCUCGGAGGUUGCAAAGUGUCCCCGGAAUGCUACGGGCGCAUGACGCAUCUCCUGCGGUCCGUAGCCGGCGGCCGCGUCAUCCUGUGCCUCGAGGGCGGCUACAACGUCACCAGCAUCGCCUACGCUAUGACGCUCUGCACCAAGGCCCUGCUCGGCGACCCCAUCCACCACCACCACGACCCAAAACCCACCGUGCACUGGUCGGCUGUAGAAUCCAUCAACAACGUCAUCAACACCCACAAAAAAUACUGGAAGAAUCUCAAAUUUCAACUCGCUUUACCCAUCGAAAACGUCCUCCCCGAACCCCACCCGUCCCGAGGAUUAACGAUCACAGAUCACAACGAAUCUCACGAGAAAUUAGCCGAAUUAUCCUUGGCCAGCUCCCUCGAUGAAUCCAAGUCGAAGAGCCAGUUGGAUGCGUCUUUAGAAAUCAACAUGGCAAAUCUGAGCAUAGACAGGCCGAAGUGCGAGGACGGUAUCCACUGCGGGACGGAUGACGAGGACAACGGUCCUGACGGUUCCAAAAACAAAACUGACGCUGGCGACAAAGAAACCGCGCAGUGUAGUAAAAAACAAAAGAAGUCGCACCAUGAAGAAAAAGAAGUUGAAGGGAGUUCGAGUAAAAAAGAGAGCGAGGGAGGUUCGAGCAAAAAGGAUGAGCAAAAAACGACGCUAGUGGAUUAUUUGGCUGAGAACAUGCAGGCUAUAGUUGAUGGGGAGAUGUUCGCAGUGAUUCCUCUGCCGUGGUGCCCGCAUUUGGAGACGAUGUACGCCAUUCCCGGCGACGUGAAGUUCGAGCAAGGCGUGAAAUGCGUGGACUGCGACGAGACCGCCGAGAACUGGGUGUGUCUGCAUUGUUUUGUUACCGCGUGCGGGCGAAGCGUCAACGCACACAUGCAAGCGCACUACCGGUCCUGCUCGCACCCGCUAGUGCUGUCUCUGCUCGACCUCUCAGUGUGGUGCAACGAAUGCGAUGCGUACGUCGACCACGAGCUGCUAUACGAUGCGAAGAACAACGCGCACCGAUGCAAGUUCGGAGAAGAUAUGCCCUGGUGCUACAAAAGCGACACCCUCCAUCUCAGUUAAGGCCUAUAGGACUGUCUCCCAUGUUUCCACGAUAAUUUGAACUUUAUUCACUUAUCAUAAGGUCUAAAACCAAUUAAAAUAUUCAAUAUUAUGCCCUAUAGAGAAUUAAUUUACACUAGUUUGAAAACGUCUGAGGGUGGAUUCGACCAAACAAGUAAAUAUUAAUCUCAGAAUAAAUUGUCAGUUAUUUGACACUGACAUAUUUCCCAUACUGAAACUGUCAAUGUGCCAGUUAUACCAGGAGUUAUUCUCGGAUAAAAGUUUGGUCGAAUCGAGCCUUACUCGUAAUCGACGUCUAGAGCUCUAGUUGAUAUACACGCAUUUAAAUUAUUCAAAUAUUUUGGCAGCUUUCCGCGCGCUAUUUUGUUAUUCGUGCCAAAUGUUAUUCUUACACGUUUUCGUGUAUAAUGAAAUAAUACUUUAGUGUUGAUACGAUAUUAACAAUGAAUGGUAGAUUCAGGAAAAUAAAUAAAUACAGCAGCACACAACCCGGUAUAUUUGCGAUACCUGAAGUAUCCAUAGUUUAAGAUUUGAUCCUUUGGUGCUAUAUCAAGAUUCCUUUGCAUUUGAUUUAUUUAAAUACUUACACUACUAAACUACUUUGGUAGCUUAGCCUAAUGAACUAACAAUAGUAUUUUGAUAAUACAUUGAAGAAAAAUUUCAUUAUUUAACUGAUACUGAUUUGAUUUAAAUACAAAUCCAUAGCCAUUUAAAAAAAUAAUUGCUAAUCACAUUACAUAUAAAUACUUGUGUUUAUUUUUAU